CUUUCGAAGUGUAUUUUUGUAGUGUUCGAGUAUUUAUAACGGAGAUGAUUUAUUUACAGUUAUGUGCGUUGUUGGUUCUUCCUUGGAGCUUUUCGGCUGAAACGAACAAUGAGACGUUCCAAGCGUUUGUGGACAUGGUCGUCAGCAACUUAACUGCUUGUGACAAUUACAAAUUGCCUGUGAAUAACGAAAAUCUAUGCUCCGUUCGAUCCUCGAAAGGAGAAGAGUUUCGUGAUUUUGGGUCAUUCGACUUUAUCAUAGUCGGAGCUGGUUCAGCUGGCACUCUGUUGGCCAACAGAUUGACCGAAAUCAAAGAAUGGAAGGUUCUCUUACUGGAGGCUGGAGGCAAAGAAAAUGACUUCAGCGACAUCCCAGGGAUGGCGUUGCCACUUUACCUGACUGACAUGAACUGGGGCUACUUAAGCACACCGCAGGAAAGAGCAUGCAAAGCAAUGAAGGAAAGUAAGUGCGUUUGUCCUAGAGGGAAAGUAGUUGGAGGCAGCAGCACUAUAAACGCAAAGAUGUACUCGAGAGGUAACAAAGAUGACUUCGAUGCUUGGGAAAAACUCGGCAAUCCUGGAUGGUCUUACCAGGACGUGUUACCUUACUUUAAGAAAACAGAAAAUUGCCAUAUUUACAACCCAGAUCCUCCUUAUCGCGGCAGCGGAGGCCUGCUAGAUGUCAACUACACUGCUCCUACUGUAUUCACUUCCAUAUUCCUGAAAGGUAAAGAAGAGCUAGGAUAUCAACUGAACGACUACAAUGGCAAGCAACAAAUAGGCGUUUCUCAAGUUCAGUUCACCAUUAAGGGUAACAAGAUAGCAAGUGGCGGGAGAGCUUUCAUAGACCCUUUUAUGAACAGAAAGAACCUCAAUGUUACUAUAAAUGCUUUCGUUACCAGACUGAUAAUAGAUAAAGAAAAGAAGAGAGUUCUUGGUGUUGAAUUCGUACAAGACGGAAGGAAAUACGCAGCCAAGGCUAAGAAAGAAGUUAUACUCUCCGCUGGAGCUAUAAACACCCCUCAGAUAUUAAUGAUAUCUGGAAUAGGCCCCCAAGAAGCGUUAAGCAAAAUCGGUGUUGAAACUCUAGUAGACCUACCCGUUGGAUUAAACAUGGAAGACCAUGCAGCGUUCACGGGUUUAAACUUCAGAACCAAUCAUACAUUGUUCAAUGACUCCAUAGAGGUACUUCUAGAAAGGUACUUAAACGACCAGCGACCCUUGACGGCGGCUUUUAAUGCAGAUUGUGUAAGCUUUAUUAAUGUAAACGACAGGAAAAGUUCAGUACCAAACAUUGAACAGGUGCUCAUGGUGCCUCCAUUCGAAAAUAGCCAAGCAAUUAAAGUUUUAAAUCUAAAAGAUGUAAAACCAUUAUCGAAUCCUUACACUGACAUGCACGUGUGGUUAAUAUUACUACAUCCAAAAUCCAAGGGUAGUGUUACAUUGAAAUCGAAAGAUCCCUUAGAUUUCCCCAACGUCGAUUACAACUAUUACGCUGAGGAAGAAGACUUGAGAACCAUGCACAAAGGUGUAGAAGAAACCCUUAAGCUACUGGAAACGAAGGCUUUUAAAUCGAUCAACGCUACUUAUAUUCCAGUUAUAGAAAUCUGCACUGAGCAUAAGGAGGGUUCUCACGAAUUCUGGCACUGUAUGAUCGAACAUUUGACUUCGACCAUGUACCAUCCGGUAGGCACUACGAGAAUGGGUAACUCAAGUAAAGACGCUGUAGUAACUCCCAAGCUGACUGUAUAUGGUGUGGAGAGAUUGCGAGUGGUGGAUGCUGGAGUUAUUCCCAGAAUAGUUUCUGCUAAUACUAACGCUGCGGUCUACAUGAUUGCGGAGAAAGCUGCUGAUGAAAUUAAGGGAUUGUACCAUAGGUCUAUUGCCACGGGGAAACAGCUAUGAAUAAUUUACUUUAAGUUUAUAAACAAUAAUAAUUUAUAACAUGGUUUUGGAAACUAGUAAAGUAGGCUAUUGAUUAUAUCUAAAAAAACAGGGUUAAAAGGAAUUUUAUUGUAUGAAUCGUUCAA